GCCACACUGAGGUCUCUGCGCGUAUCGCACACUGUUGGGAAGGUGGCGCACAGAGGGGAGGUCUUCCCUUUCCGACCGGGAGAAAUCACAAGCACACGGGGAGGAAGAACGCACAGAUCUGAUACGACGUCGAUUGCAAACCGCAGCUCGGACUCUGACUAAAUCCUUGAGGUUGGCAUUAGACUCCCGCGCAGCCCCGUGAGAGGAACUCGGAUCAUACUGUGUUUGGCACCUUUGCGCUCUGCUCUCUCCCCUCUUGUCAAAACCAAAAUCCUGAGAAGCCAACGCGCUUACCUGGAAGGACGCGGGUGUUUGGCUGUUUAUGGUGUUUUCCCGCAGGAUUUUCCACUUUCAACAUUUUACGCGCAAGUCGCCAAACGACGCCGAAGUCAAACCAGGGGAUUACUAUUGUUUGUAAAGCGCUCGGCUGUGUGCGCGUCUUGUUCUCUGUGCACAGGAAAGUGCUGAUAAAUCUGCAUUAACUAGACUUGGGACUUGACUUCAGGAGCUACUCGGAAGUGCACUUGACAGGAGCCGCACCGGCAAAUUUGGGGAGACCAAAAAAAGACAUUUUUAUAAGCUGGUAAAGGGAAACAGAAAAUCCUGCGAAGAUGCCUCUUGCACAGAUUGCGGAGCCAUGGCCCACAAUGGAACUAGUGCAGCUUGAAACAGAGAAUGGCCAGAGCACCACUGAGGACGACACAACUGCUGUCAAGGAAGAUGGAGACAUCAAGGAGAUCAAUAUUACCCAUGUGGUCAAAGAGGGCUCAGAGAAGGCGGAUGCCUCCCAGUUUGAACUUCUCAAAGUAUUGGGGCAGGGAUCCUUUGGCAAGGUAUUCCUGGUGCGAAAGGUGACCCCUCCUGAUGCCAACCAGCUCUAUGCCAUGAAGGUCCUGAAGAAGGCCACACUUAAAGUGAGGGAUCGUGUGAGGACCAAGAUGGAGAGAGACAUCCUGGCCGACGUCAACCACCCAUUUGUUGUCAAACUGCACUACGCUUUCCAGACUGAAGGAAAGUUGUACUUGAUCCUUGACUUCCUCAGAGGAGGAGAUCUCUUCACUAGACUUUCUAAAGAGGUGAUGUUCACAGAGGAGGAUGUGAAGUUUUAUCUAGCAGAGCUGGCAUUAGGACUGGACCACCUCCACAGCCUGGGCAUCAUUUACAGGGACCUCAAACCUGAAAACAUUCUCCUGGAUGAGGAGGGACAUAUCAAACUCACAGAUUUUGGCUUGUGUAAAGAGGCCAUUGAUCAUGAGAAGAAAGCUUAUUCCUUCUGUGGUACUGUGGAGUACAUGGCACCAGAGGUUGUCAACAGGCAGGGACACACCCACAGCGCCGACUGGUGGUCAUUUGGGGUACUAAUGUUUGAAAUGUUGACAGGAUCGCUGCCGUUUCAAGGGAAGGACCGCAAAGAGACUAUGAAUCUGAUCCUGAAGGCGCGUCUAGGAAUGCCUCAGUUUCUAAGUGCAGAGGCCCAAUCUCUUCUCAGGGCUUUGUUCAAGAGGAAUCCUACCAACAGACUGGGAUCUGGUGCUGAUGGUGCAGAGGAGAUUAAGCGGCACGGUUUCUUCUCCACCAUCGACUGGAAUAAACUCUUCCGAAAAGAAGUGAAGCCUCCAUUCAGACCAGCGGUAGCACGUCCGGAUGACACCUUCUACUUUGAUUCUGAGUUCACUUCCCGCACACCUAAAGACUCCCCCGGUGUGCCGCCCAGUGCCGGAGCUCACCAGCUCUUCAGAGGUUUCAGCUUCGUUGCGUCGACUAUGUUGGAUGAGGAAGGUUUAGUGCAGCCAGUGCAGCCUCCACCGCACCCAGUGGUCCAGCAAUUACACGGGAAGAAUCUACUGUUCAGCGAUGGCUACAUACUGAAGGAAGACAUCGGCAUGGGCUCUUUUUCUGUCUGUAAACGGUGUGUCCACAAAGCCACCAACACUGAAUACGCUGUCAAGAUGAUUGACAAGACCAGUACAGACCCAUCUGAGGAGAUUGAGAUUCUGCUCAGAUACGGACAGCACCCCAACAUCAUUACACUGAAGGAUGUGUACGACAACAGUAAGCAGGUGUUCCUGGUGACGGAGCUGAUGCGUGGAGGAGAGCUGCUGGAUCGGAUCCUCAAGCAGAAGUUCUUUUCGGAGAGAGAGGCCAGCGCUGUGCUUCACACCAUCACCAAGACUGUGGAGUACCUCCACUCGCAGGGGGUGGUGCACAGAGACCUGAAGCCCAGCAACAUCCUCUACGUUGAUGAAUCAGGGAAUCCUGAGUCAAUCAGAAUCUGUGAUUUUGGCUUCGCUAAACAGCUGCGUGCCAACAACGGCCUGCUGAUGACUCCCUGCUACACUGCUAACUUCGUAGCUCCUGAGGUGUUGAAGCGCCAGGGCUAUGAUGAGGGAUGUGAUAUCUGGAGUCUGGGAGUCUUACUGUACACCAUGCUGGCAGGUUUCACUCCAUUUGCCAACGGACCUGAGGACACCCCAAAUGAGAUCCUGAACAGGAUAGGCAACGGUCACUUCAGUCUGACUGGAGGCAACUGGGACACUGUGUCUGAUGCUGCCAAGGAUCUUGUGUCCAAGAUGCUUCAUGUGGACCCCCAUCAGAGACUGACCGCUAAACAGGUUCUCAAACACCCCUGGAUUGUCCAGAGAGACAAACUACCCAACAGCCAGCUCCCACACCAGGACCCCAAACUGGUGAAGGGUGCAAUGGCAGCCACCUACUCCGCCCUGAAGAACUCCCAACCCACUCCAGAGCUCAAACCCAUAGAGAGCUCCUUCUUAGCUCAGAGGCGUGUCAAGAAGCUUCCCUCAACCUCUCUGUAGAGACUCAAAACAGCCAAUCAGCUCACUGAAGUCUGAUCAGAACCACACCUCUCGACUCCAAACCACCCAGUCAGCUUGCUCGAGGACUUGACCGUCCACCCGCCAAUACCAGCCAAGGAACACUGACUGUGGUCCUGCCCCCAUAGUGUGACAUUAAUAGUCCUGCUCUUGCUAUCAUCCUCUUUGUGUGGACUCAUCAGCUGCUGUUAGCCAAUGUCCUUGGACUAGCAAAUAAAAAAAAAAUCCUAAAGAUGGAUGGGGGCGACGAGAGCAACAAAAAAAAAAAAGAAAAAAUUGGGUGUAGGUUUUUGGCAGAUGUAUUAGUGCCGUGUGACUGUAUGUGUGAGUGUGUGAGCGUGUUCGUGCAUGACCUGCCACAGAGUCGAUGCAGCCAUGUUUUUGAUAGUGACAAUGAAAGUUUUUCCUCUCCUCGUCAUUGCUGUUAUGGGUUGUCAUUCUUGCUGCACGCCAGUUCGUCUGCCUGUUCCGUUGUCUGUCCUGUUCUUUUUGUAGAGUUGAUGAGCUUUAUAUUACCAGUUGUGCUGACAAAUCAACCUGUGCCGACAGCACAGACCCACAGUACUGUCCAACUGCUGUUAAAUGUUUUUCAGAGAGCAUUAUUAACGUGAAUAUUGAACAUUUCUGCCAUGAAUGCCUGUUUGGCUUUGGUACAGCCAGAAUACGUGGAUUUUGGGAAAUGUCAAAUGCUGAUGUUUUUGGUUAAUGUCAAUCUAUGCUUGUAUUUUGUUUUAUGGAGAGCAUGUGAGUGUGUGUUUGUGUGUGUGUGUGUGUGCGUGUGCGAGCGUGGGCGUGUGUGUCAGUUGCAUGACUUGCAGUGUGUGUCUGUAAUGUCUUGCGGGAUGCUGCAGAGUCAUGUGCAUGGUCCGGUGACGUGAUGAUGUCAUGUGGCUUCCUUGUUUCGCUCCUCUCCAUUUUUCUCUGCUUGGUCAACCUGCUGGCAACCAUUUCAGAUGUCUGUUAUUUUUAUUACUACAAAAACUAGUAAACAUAGGUGGCUUUCUGUGAAAGAAAAUCUGCCCAAGGAACAAUGUGGCAUGUUAAAAUUCGAUAUUUGCUUUGUUUUUCUCGUCAGUUUUUUUGUUUUGUUUUGUUUUUUGUUUGGUUCACUGUGUUUCUUGGGUAAUGCAUAUUGAAUGCUGUUUUCUGUGUUGGCUGCUUUUGUUGUUGAUUGUUUUUGUUCUGUUUCUUUUCUUUCUGUCCAAAGAAAGUGAUGAUUUAAAAUGGUGAAAGACAUGCUGAGCAAACCACAGACUGUGGACUUCAUGCCGUACAGGUCUCUUCUUCUGUAGGGCUGACUGUUGUCUGAAUGGAAUUAAGCACUCAAACGCAGCUUCUCUUCUCCCUUAAAAUCUCUGUCAAAUCACUGGUUGGUAAUAUCACACAGGCCUGCCCUCAUUGUGGAGUAUCUUUUUCCAUUCAUGAUAUUUGAAUUCCAUAGAUUCUCUUGAUUAUAUGACUUGUUUACAUUUUAUUGACACUGAAUUUGAGACCUCCGAAAGAAGGGUAAAUGUGUCUCAUUGUAAGUCGCUUCAUAGGGUAGGUCCUGCUUUCAGCUCAGUGCCUAGACCUACAGGUGAGGCAGAAUGUCUUGCAAGGAAAACACGUGAAUAAAGAGAAAAAACGGCCAGAAGAUACUGUACAUGUGUGGAAGGAAAGACCUGAGUGGAUGAAUAACCAAUGAACCAGCUGUCUUACCUCAAAAAGGGAUCAAAGUUAUAUUCUAAUUCUUCUUGUUUGGUGGCAAAACUCUCCCUCCUUUGACUAAAUUUAUGGUAAGAUGUUAUUGUAUGAUAAAGAUGAAGAUUUUUAUAUCUUACAAUAUUAAAAAUUGAGUUGCUAUGACAAA